UAGAAGCGGUCGGAAUUAUGCAAUAUUAUUUAAAAAAGAUCAACAAAAUUUCAAGAUGUCUUCUGAAAAGGGAUAUUUUAAAUGUGUGUUGUAUAGUUUCAUGUACAUUAACUUGGCAAUAUCGAAAUUGACAAAUGUUUCUGUUUUGGGGAUGACUAUCUCGCCAAUUGAACCGUCAUCACAAGAUGAUAACAAAACCAGGAUAGUGUUAAAAACGUAUAAAGUGGACUUAUCGUCUCCUCCAGAAAUUGAGAAAAUAAUUAUAAACUUUUCCAGUCCUAUUUCUAUUAAUAAUUCAAAACUGGCAUUAGAGGAAAUUAUUGAGGAGAAAGCCAGUUUUUAUCUUUCGCCGAAUAAUGGCAGCCAUAGACAGUUUUUAAUUUCAAAUCAAAUACGGUUUUGUCCGGGCAUUAAUUUAUGCUGGAUGAAUGCAAGUAUAAGAGAUGAUAAAUGUUGUGAGGACUGUUCCUGUGAUUCCGAGACAUGCAUGGAAACAAGAAAUUGUUGUCCUGAUAUCCUCCCACCAAACUAUCUACAAUAUACUGGUAUGGACCUUACAGUAUUUAAUCUCAGUAAACCCAUGAACACUUCAAUACAGGAUUCAUUUCCCGAAAUACCAACUUGCGAACCUAUACGUGUGAUACCGACUUACAGUGAACAAGAAACUGGUUAUUUCAUGGUGUCAACAUGUCCAUGGACACAAGACUCGGAACUUAAAAAUAACUGUACACGUGUGUACGACAUCAACUUUGAAGAAUUCAUAAAUUAUCUCCCAGUUUAUAAUCAUGUGACAUCAAUUACUUACAGGAACGUUUAUUGCGCCCUUUGCAAUAAUAUUGAGCCAGCAAAUUGCGAAUUUUGGAAACCAAUGGUAAAAUGUGGAGAUCAUUUUUACAGUGACAUAAAAAGUAAUUUUGUACCUUCUGACGUUAAAACAGUUUGUAAUAUAAAGUUUGAGAUACCUGGAGACGAGGCUGUUCCAUUGAUGUCUUGUAGAAGUGCUGUCUCACGGUGCAAUAUUACAGGGUAUUGGGAACGAUACGAUCACAAUGUUGAGGCAGGUUGUUUAACUUACAGAUCCAUUGUCGUUUACGGUGGUCGGAAUUAUCAGAAUAUAUUUUGUUUAUUGUGCAAUGAAAAGUUCCCUGCUAUAAAUGAAUGUAACAAUAGUAGCGCAGCAAAAUGGAGCUAUGGCGUCAUUAUUAACGGCCAAGCAGGUUAUGAUAAUUUGCCCGUGGGAGCCUCCGGACAUUUAGGUGAAAGAGGCGAACAAGGGUUUUAUUCAUUUACUGGACUAAUUAGCUUAUAUGAUACUCAGUUACGUUCUAUUAGACCGUUAGACUUUCGAGGAUUUUAUUAUUCUGAGGAAAAAGACGCCAACACUUUGUGCAAUCCGUUAUCAAGUGUUCAGAAUGGACAGUGUGUCAACAUGUUUGAGUACAUCAUUACUGAUGUUAUAUAUAUAAUCAAUCUACGGAUACAUAGUGAGAGGAAGAUGACGAUUAAAGAAGUUUUUGAUGUAAGACUUUCAUUAAUAGACGCUGUGAAACAGGUAGUUAACAGCGACGUUAAUUUUACUGAUGCAAAUCAUUCAGUGUGUGAAUUAAGUUUAUUUCUCAAGUCAAGUGCUCGUUUUGGAUCGGACACGCUUUAUAUUUCCGAGUCGGCAUUUAUUCAUGGUGAGCUGGAUAUGAAAAUAGAAAGUUCAGGUAAACUAACGAUUGAAGAUGUGGCUGAUUCAGUACAAAAUAUUUAUAACAAACGUUUGCAUGUAAGUUUCGAAAAUCAAAAUUUUGUAUUCAGUAUGACUGCAAAAGAUGUGCAUGACUUUCCUCAGAAUAUAACAGAAACUUUUGAAAUUGAGCCCAAGCAUAAGAAUGAUACGGGUGAUUCAGACAUUGAACUUGUUUUGAAGAAUUUAGAUGAUAGUUCCUUCCCGGACAAAGAUAAUUUAACAGUAAUACUAGCUUAUAAAUCAGAUAUGGUUUCAUGUAAUUUCAACCAAACAGGAAGUAGACGGUCUAUAAUUAAAACCCUGCAUUAUACUUCAUGUCCGAAAGUUAAUUUAUCACUUUCUGAGGAGUCAGUGCAGCGUGUAGAAAAUGGUAUUAACCUAUCAGGGCAAGUUAUCGACCUGAAUCAGUAUUAUUAUGAAGGUACCGAAAACAUUAUUGUAUGCGUAAGCGGUUUACAGAGUAAUGGUCAUAAAUACUACGAUUCAUUUGAAGUUGAGCUCAUUUUAUCAAUCAUAUUUUCUUCUUUGUCUUUGUUUUCUUUAUUUAUAUCUUUUUGUACGUAUUGUUAUUUUAAUGAACUACGUCGAAACGUUCCUGGAAAAAAUACGCUGGCAUUGAUCACAAGUUUGCUGUCUUCACAAGUAUUGUUUCUUAUCGGAAGUUUUGGUUCAUUUCAAAGGCAUUCAGUGUCAUGUGCUGUUGUUGGCAUGUUUGUGCAUUUUAGUUGGCUUACUGCAUUAUUCUACAUGAAUAUAUGUACGUAUCAUAUGUAUAAGACACUGACAGGAAUGAGGAUAGUGUCUAGUAGUUCUGGUGUGAAAACGUGUGUCUAUUACAUAGUCUAUGUUAUAUCAAUGUCAUUAGUGUUUGUUCUUCUUAAUGUUGUCAUAGCAACCAUAUUGUCAGAAGGUUUUGGUUACGGUGGAAUGUACUGCUACAUAUCCUCGCAAUUAAGAAUAAUGAUAACGGUUGGUGUUCCGGUGUCAUACGUGAUUUUAACCAAUGCAGGUAUGUUUAUUGCUGUCAUUGUUAAAUUGAAGCGAGCACCCUCGUUAGUUAAAAAUGUUAAACGUGAAAGGAAUGACUUGCUCAUAUUUGCAAAACUGUCUACAAUAACUGGAGCAACAUGGAUUUUCGGCUUAUUGUAUGCAUGGACAAACAUGGUAGUGUUUUCCUAUAUGUUUAUUGUACUGAAUGCUGGCCAGGGCGUCUUUAUAAUGUUCGCGUUUAUCUUUAAUAGGCGUGUGUUUCAAAUGAUAAAACAAGUGUGCAUAAAGAAAAAUGAUAGAACAGUCACUACAAAAUCAACGUAAUCAAAAUAUGUCUGAUCUUUUAAAACAUAUGUAUGUAAUAAAAAAUAAUAUAAAGACAUAAUUCCUUAUCACCAUACAAAUUUGCAUACAUAAUUUUAUUGUUCUUUUUUAAUUUAUAACUUUGUAAUAUUUUAGGGUGUAUGUUUUGCACUGACGUUUACGAAGUUGUAAUAUAUUAACAGCGGACAAACAAUUUUGAAAAGACUGUUGAUAAAUUUAGAGAUUUUAACCAAGUUUGUUUUCAAUUUUGAGAAAAAUCCUGGUUAUUAGAUUGGCAAAUGACGGGCAAGCGUGUUGUCAAAAAGUAGUUUUCGGUCAAUAACUAGAGUUCUGAAUGACAAAUUGUAAAAUAAUUGGUAUGUAGCAAGCUAAUAUGAAGACCUCACUUGUGUGCCCCCCUCCGCCCUGCGCCAGGAUCAAGGUCACUAUCACAGUUACUUUUAUUAAAAAAUGGCUUUGGUCAAUAACUGGAGUUAGAAACAAUAUAUUGUACAAAACUUUUAAAGCUAAUUUUGAAAUAGAACAUUAUGUAAGAGUUGUUUAUAAUAGAUCUUACAGAGGUGCCUUGGCAAAAUUUAGAAGUAGGACAGCUCCAAUAGGUAUUGUACUAGGAAGAUAUAAUGGACUACAAGUAGAACAAAGAC